AUGUUGGUAGGUCUGGAGUGGCAUCCUCGUAUCCCAAAUGAGAAGAAUCACUUAAUUUAUGACGACUUGCCUCUCAUUAUUAUGGAUCCCUAUGAAGAAUGCAGAGGGAUCCUCCACGGAUCUUGCUUGAAGCGAUACUCCGAUUCUACUUAUUUCAGAAGAGCGUCAAGCAACUUGAUUAUAGGAAACAAGAAGUUCCAAAAAGAUGAGAAGUAUUAUGUGAAGAAAAAAUCUUCGUCAAGGAGUCGAGAUAUGGCACGUUUGGCGUCCAUGGCUAACCAGAGUGCCAGGAAGACAUUUACUUCAUUUAGCUUCAGUGGACAAACCUCUUCUUCUAAGAGUGUCUCAACUAGUGACAUGGAAAAAAGAUCUCAUCUGCAAGAUCAUCAUUCUCGUUCUUUUGAUUCCAGAAGUUGUUCAGGCUACAUCGAAUGCCUUUCAACCGCAACCUCUUCAUUGAAGGCUGGAGAAAAGCCGAAAGGGGUGUAUGUUUCAUCCAGCUUGACACCGGGCUCUUGCACCAAUGCUUCUGUCCUUUCUGCAUGUGAAACCGAAGAUGCACAUGAUAAUUCCCAGUUUAGUCCUCCGCAAGGGGAAGCUGCUCGUGGCUCUUCUUGCGUUAGUUGGGAUGAGAAAGCGGAGAUAGUGGAAUCUGUUGGUCUGCAGACAGAUGAAGCUUCUGAAAUGAUGGAGACGAACUCUGUCGCGAAAUCAGAAUCAGGAUUGCAAGAAUAUUCUGGGAUUGAUGAGGUUAGAGAGAUAAAAACUGCUUUGGAGAUUGUGGGAGAACCGAGGGAUAGUGAACGCGAGAGUGAACGCAAAGGGGAUUGCUUUGUUGAAUCGGAAUCUGAAAAUGAAAAUGAUCAAGGGCUCCAAAAUGAAAGCGAAGGGGAUUGCUUUUUCGAUGCUCCAUUCUAA